AUGUCUCCCAUCCUGAAGAAGUACAAGGCCGCGGCCGUCAAUGCUGAGCCCGGCUGGUUCAACCUUGAGGAGUCCGUCCGCCGAACGAUCCAUUGGAUCGACGAGGCCGGCAAAGCUGGAUGUAAAUUCAUCGCCUUCCCCGAGCUCUGGAUUCCCGGAUACCCCUACUGGGCGUGGAAGGUCAACUACCAGGAAAGUCUGCCGUUGCUGAAAAAGUACCGGGAGAACAGUCUGCCCUCCGACUCGGACGAGAUGCGUCGCAUCCGCGAGGCAGCCCGUGCAAACAAGAUCUUCGUGUCCCUGGGCUACUCGGAGGUGGACUUGGCCAGUCUGUACACCACGCAGGUCCUCAUCUCGCCCUCUGGCGAAGUCCUCAACCACCGUCGUAAGAUCCGGGCCACCCACGUCGAGCGUCUGGUCUUUGGCGAUGGCACCGGGGACACGACUGAGUCCGUGACCAAGACAGAAAUUGGCCGUGUCGGCCAUCUGAACUGCUGGGAGAACAUGAACCCCUUCAUGAAGGCCUACGCGGCCUCGCUGGGUGAGCAGGUCCAUGUUGCCGCCUGGCCGCUCUACCCGGGCAAGGAGACACUCAAGUACCCCGAUCCCUUCACCAAUAUCGCCGAAGCUAAUGCAGAUCUCGUCACUCCAGCGUAUGCUAUUGAGACGGGCACCUAUACUCUGGCUCCCUGGCAGAUGAUCACCAAAGAAGGCAUCAAGCUGAAUACGCCGUCUGGUAAGGAGCUGGAGGAUCCGCGCAUCUACAACGGGCACGGCCGUAUCUUUGGGCCCGACGGGAAGAGUCUCGUCCCGCACCCUGACCGGGAUUUUCAAGGUCUGCUGUUUGUAGAUAUUGAUCUGGAUGAAUGCCAACUUCCCAAGUCAUUGGCCGACUUUGGCGGCCAUUAUAUGCGUCCGGAUCUUAUCCGCCUCCUGGUUGAUACCAACCGCAAGGACCUCGUUGUCCGCGAAGACCGGGUGCAUGGUGGUGUUGAAUACACUCGGACUCUCGACCGUGUCGGAUUGUCGUCCCCUCUUCAAGCAGUGGACACUACGGAAUAG